AUGCAAAGGUAUCAGCAACUCGUGAAAGAAUAUCCAAUGAAGAUAAGAAGCCUUAUUUGGAGGAACGUAGGCCGAGAUAGUAACAGACAUGCGGAUGCACUUGCUUUUAUAGCUUCAAUGAUUGAAGAUCCAAAAAUCGAACACAUCAUGAUUGAACGGUUAAUGCAACCCUCAGUAAACAGAGAAGAAAGGGAGUCCAAAGUGAUGAUGGUCGAAGAAGGAAGUACAAGAAUAAGCAAUAAUGAUUGGCGAGCCCCCAUAUAUAACUAUUUAAUGAAAGGAGAUCUCCCACGAGAUAGGCAAGAGGCAAAUAAAAUCAAAAGUAAGUCCACAAAUUAUGAGGUGAGAGAAGGAGUCUUGUAUAGACGAUCAUAUUUGGGCCCGCUGAUGAGAUGCUUGUCACAAAAGGAGGGGAUAGAAAUUAUGAAAUCAAUUCACUACGGGGACGCUGGUAAUCACAGUGGAACCAGGUCAUUAGAUCUCAAAACUAGGACACAAGGAUACUUUUGGCCAUAUAUGCACAAAGAUGCAAAGGACAUCUCCACGAGAUGCGAAGCAUGUCAGAGAUUUGGGAAAAGGAUACAUGCAUCAUCCACGAGCUUAAACUCCAUAUUAAGUGUUUGGCCCUUCUCCAUGUGGGGAAUUGAUAUUGUGGGACCAUUUGUAACCGGGACAAAGCAAAGGAGGAGAAAAUGUAAGAAUGUUGUUCAAUGCAUUCAAAAUUCAAUUUCGGAAGUCGAUUCCGUAUACCCACAAAGCAACGGGAAAGCAGAGGCUACUAACAAGACACUAGCAAACACAUUGAAAAACAGUUGGAUGGUCAUCAUAAAGGAUGGUGUGAACAGAUCCCAAAUGUGGUAUGGUCCUAUAGAACCACCCGGCGAGAUGCAACCGGAAUGUCACCCUUUUGUGUUGACGUAUGGAGCUGAGGCGGUGUUGCCUUCCAAAGUCAUCCUUCCAACAUGGGAGAAUGGGCUAAAUUCAGAUUUGUUCUUAGCAAAGUUGGACGAUCUCGAGGAAAAUAGGGAAAUUGCGUUACAACAUAUGAUGAAUUACCAUCAGAGGCUGUCAAGGGAAUAUAACAAAAGGGUAAAACCUCGAAGCUUUGUACCCGGAGAGCUUGUGCUACGAGAAAUACCCCCAUACCAAAAGGGAUCAGGAGGAAAGUUAGAUUCUACGUGGGAAGGACCCUAUAUCGUGAAAAGGGUAGUUGGCAAUGGGGCGUACGAGUUAGCGGAUUGUGAAGGGAAAGACACAAACGAAGAAGGAAAUAUAAUAUAUGGCGAGAUCGAAAGGCAAGGUCGAAAAUUAGACCAUCCUUGGAAUCCAGUGUAUAUCAAAAAAUAA